UCUUUUCUUUUCUUUUUUUUCGGUGAACAAUUUCGUUAACUUUAGCUGGGAUACACGGUAUAGGGACCUUCUAUAAGAGCGGCAGUUUCGUACGAAUAGCAACAGCUUUCAAGCCUGUUGUGACUGCGUUCACGACUCGACAAUCGCUUAACCAUAGGUUCGAGACAGCAAACAUUUCGUCUAUACCUUCAUUUAUGUUGUUCAACAAGUGCCAUGUGUCUGCUGUUUUUCCUUUUCAGUUAAUGGUUACCUAGCGUUUCCUUUUAACGGUUAGUUGGUCUGCCUCGUCGUUCGUUGUCACCGUUAUUGUUACACUGCGGUUUUCUAGUGAAGGAGAGCUGCACAGCUGUAUUUUUGAGUGGAAAGAUCCACAGCUGCACUUUUCCAGUGGAAAGCUGAACGGCUAUACCAGAUUGUAAGCGGCUCCGGAUACUCGUUGCUUUUUUUCUUUUUUUCUUUUUUUUCGUUUGCUGUGUUGACAAUGUGAAACAACGCACGAAGCCUGGCUACGCUUUGCGUUGCCCGAAUAACAGCUAUAACUCUGCUCACGGGCAAACAAACAGUCCAUUCGCCGCCACCGACAGCAACGAGAAAGAGAGAGGGAAAGAAAAAGAAAAUAUCGGCAAGCCGAACGAAACACAGCAGUUUAAGAGGAAAGGAACACUGACGAGGGUAAACGCUAACGAACUAGGAGCCGACAGGUCAAGGAGAAAACGCGAGAGAAGCGUUGAUGCUGCCCCACACUGCAGAGCGCAAGAAUCUCGCCGGCCCCUCACUAGUAAUGUGAAGGGUGUGAUGGGACAGAGAAAUCCGUUCAAACCGGAAAUGAAUCGAACGAGGUAGAGGCAGGGCACUUGGAAAAAAAAAAGUGAGGAACUGUAAAACAAUGGCGGCGUCUGUUUACCCGCGCCGAGUCGUCUCGGGUGCCUGUCUUUUCAUCGUUAGGCACGGUUAGUGUUUCUCUCACUCUUUCUUCUUCGUUUAUUUAUUCAUUUCCUUACACAUUUCUUAAUUUCUUCUUUCUCACUGCUUUCUUAUUUUGUAUUAUCUUCCUUUCUUUUUUUUUUUUUACUUCCUGCUUUCACUCUUCACCCUCUCUCUAUUUCGUCUCUGAGUCGUUCUCUAUCUUUCUAUACUUAUUUAUUCAUGCUCUGUUGUUUUUCCUUCUUUUUUCUGUUCCUUACUUCCUUUAUUCUUUUUCUUUUUCUUGUUCCUUUCAUUCCUUAGCCUUCUUGCUCCUCAUGUUUUUUAUUUCUUUAUUUCUUUUCUUUUUUUUCAUUCAUUGCUUCCCUUCUUUGUACAUCACGAGAGAGAACUAUACACGUUCUCCUCUCCCAGCCGCUGGAUCAUGAUGACCGGCUGUGCGAACCACAGCACGGCUUUGUUUUUUCAGGCGCCGCCGGCCCGAAAGAGCGCCUCAUCCACUUUCCUGGCCCGAUGCGCGACGAGUCGACAGAACACCGCGACCACCUCGCCGUCUGCGCAACUUGACAGAUAUCCGAUGUGGAGAUGAGCCAUGGGCAGGCGAGUGGUGCCGACUACGACUACCUCAUCAAGUUCCUGGCGCUGGGCGAUUCCGGCGUGGGCAAGACUAGCUUCCUCUACCAGUACACAAACUCGACCUUCAAUAGCAAGUUCAUCUCCACCGUGGGCAUCGACUUCCGCGAGAAGAGAAUCACGUACCGCUCUCCCGAGGGCGGCGGCCGCAGCCAGCGCAUCUACCUGCAGCUGUGGGACACGGCGGGCCAGGAGAAGUUCCGCAGCCUGACCACGGCCUUCUUUCGAGAUGCCAUGGGCUUCCUCGUGCUCUUCGACCUCACUAGUGAGCAGUCCUUCCUCAGCAUCCGUUCGUGGCUCGAGCAGUUGCGCACGCACGCGUACUGCGAGAACCCGGAUGUGGUGCUCUGCGGCAACAAGGCGGACCUGGAGGAAGGACGCGCAGUGACCGAGGAGCGGGCGAGGGCCGAGGCCGCCAAGCAUGGCUUCCCUUACUUCGAGACGAGCGCCGCCACGGGCCACAACGUGGGACGCGCCGUGGACGCGCUGCUCGAGCUGGUCAUGCGCCGCAUCCAACAGACCGUGGACCGCGGCGGAGGGGGCCAGGCGCUGCCGCACCAUGCGGGCCCAAGGUCUCCGCUCACUGACGGAGACCCACUGCGAAGGGCCCCCGGCGAGGACCCGUUGCCGCCCACCCACAAUGGCUGCACCUGCUAGUGUUAGGCUGCACGGGACGAUGCCCAGAGUCAAGAGGCGAUCUCCUCCUCCUGCUGCCAAGCCCCAAAACCCUUCUGGUGUCCGGCAGCGCCGAGAUCACCCGAACCCCACCUGGAGGACGCGCCUUCCUCCUCCCUGCAGCGCAUCUCUCUCCAGCUCGUGCAUUUUGUGUCCGGAGAAAUCCCGAGAGACUCUGAGAGCGCCGGUCUGGUUGGCUGUGCGCCGCGCAACGUUAUGGUUUAUGCUGGCCACUUGCAGGGGGUCGGGCUUUCUGGACCAAGCUUUACCAGUGUUUUUAUUGGCUAUGAGAAAGAGGCCGUGGUCUUCUAGUCCUCCCCUCUUCCCCCCCCCCCCUUUUUUUUUUGUUCGUGUCGCAUUUUCUUUCCAGUUGUUUAACCUGCUCUGUGAUUAUAUAUUUUUUUUCUUUAAGGCGGUCCGGAUAGCUAUACCAGAUAUGUCUGAUAUUAGCACCGGCAUCCCCUCCGACUCGCUGCAAAGAAGGAUCUAAACAUUCUCGUGCAUUCACGAUGGCAAGACAGGAAGCAGUAGGUUUUUUCUUUUCUUUCCAACCCGUCAAAUUAUGGCGCGAGGUACAAAGAUAGGAUCACGUGGUGUUGUUUUAACUUUCUAAACUAACUUUUCGACAAUAUUCUAGCCUCUGUGAAAUUUCUGCCACUGAUAGCCUGUAAAAUAAGGUGCACCGCACCGUGCAACAUGAGUUAUCGUUGUCGCUUGUGCCGACUAUUGAAUCAAGCACGUGUUCGUAUGCAUACUAUUUGUUGGUCAGCACAAUGCCUAGAUAUGUUUCUGCAGUUCUGCGUUAAGCCAGCGUGCGAGAGGCGACGCAGGUGUUGCGUGUUGCAACUUUGUAGCGGAUGCCGAGGCGUAUUCUUUCUUCUUUAAUUGUUUUUUCCUUCCUGAGCGUGCCCACAUACAGGUGCAAGGAUACACAAAGGUAAAAGCGCAAGGAAGUCAACCGCACUGCGAGGCAGAUGGUCUGACAUUAAGCUUUUGGCGCUGGAACGGAUUUGUCAAUUCUAUGGAACCUUCUAAGCUGUCUAAGCCAAUGACUGCAACGAUAUACCGCAGCAGUGUCUGCGAAGCCAAUUCGACUGAGUAUACCCAUCUGCCACCCGUCUUGAAUUUUAUGUACUCUCCCUUCUUAAAUAGCCAUAGCUGUGCUGUCAAGUGAUCUUCAUUCAUUAACUGCGACGUCUCCCAUAGCCUAGGGUGACAUUUGCUUGAAGAGACCAGACACGCUAUCCUACCUAACGCUGGUAUGGUUGCAUUGCCCUUUUGUUCUAUACGUGAAAUACGUGGAAGAAGAUUGGAUACAGGAUUUUAUCGUUUGCCAGGGGUACACAGUCAUGGAGGAGGUAAAUAAUAGGAGGGAGCAUAACGCAACGAGACUGAAGCCAAACCUAUUGGCCGAACACGUGAUCACUCGUCAAAGUGGGCGGUUGGUUUCGGUGUUCCCGCUCUGUAGGCAAAGCCGCGGCAGGGCAGCUGAACAAGCAUCACCAUCAUCAUCGUCAUCAUCACCGAAUAAAAACUACUGGCAUAGCUACAGGGAACCAAACUUCUCAGCAAAUCUGCAUUCUUGCUCCGUGAUCUCGACGCAAGAGGUCACGUAUUGGGCCACCACUGAGCAAAUGUAUGGGCUUCACAGAGCGUUCGCUUGCCAAGGCUGGCUGCGUGACGUAAUGCUCUCUCCUAUCUUUUUCCCUCCUCCAUGUACACAGCACCGGGACUGCUGUAAUCGGAGAGCCUAUUGUUUCAAAAACGUUGGUUUCCAGUGUGUGGUAUCGCUAUGGUGUGUUACCCUGCACACGUUGUUAUUGCACUUCAGUUUAUUUUCUUUUUUGUAUUUCUUUCCGUGUCGUGUUGCCGCCAACAGGGUUCGGACGAGGCACUGGUCCGCUGCACGAUCUUUCAAAGCCACAUCUUGGGCUCUCUGUGCCGGAUUCGGUUUUCACGCAGCGCCGCCACAGUUUUCGCGGCGCUAACGUCGGCGCCACGAAAACACAUUCCACGAAAACGCUGUUCAUCGCAUCGCCGGUGUUCACUCAGAAAGACGCCUCACAGAGCAUCGCAUAUGACCGCGCGCCGGAUAGUUUAUAUCGUUGACAUGGUUAGCCCGCACAAAUGCUGACAAUCCACCACACUAAGCAAAAUAAAGCAAAUCAAAUGCUAGUCACCUAUGCCGACUGUUAAGAUAUUUUGUAAUUACCUCAGCCUAGAAGAGUGGCAAGUUUUAUAAAUGAAUUUAUGAUAGUGUUACUGCUGCGAUCGUUGCAUGCGGUUUUGCGAGACCAAAUUCAAAUGAGUUCGCAGUUGUCAUAGCGAGCAAGACGCUUCUGAUAAAUAUUAACGCCGUAUAUCAACGCCGUAGUUUCGGAUGAGUUUAAAAACAUUGUUCUGCAGAAUAUUCUGGUAAAAGAUAAACUACUCACAGCCCAUCGCCUUGAACUGUCGCGAGCAAAUGAAGACGAAUUUCCUUGCCAAAGAACACUAUUCUCGAUCAUUUUACCAAGACGCUUCCUGUAGUUGUGAAUCACCUCGUCCUGCGUUUCACGCCUCGCACUUGUGUGCCUGCUCACCCAUCUGGAUAUAUAUUUUUCCAAAUUCAUGUUUACUGCACUCGCCUUGCAAAAUCUUGCCUUGCGGCACCUUGCCCUGCAAAACUCGCAUUUACUUCUCGGCAGGGCAUGUUGCUGUUUACGUGAGCAUGCCAAUGAACUCUUCGAACAACACAGGAGUGUGACUUUCCACGUGCACGUUAUUUUUCUUAUACGAAAAUCUACAAGAUACGACAAACACGUAACAGAACUCAUACUGGAACUCAUGACAGUGCUGUGGUCUAGAAGGUAUUCCACCUGCAAGAUGAGCAACGCUUGCGCUUUGCUUCCGUGUUCCGUGCUCGUCAUUAAAUGAAUGAACUUAAGUUACUGGAAAGCACGCUGGCGACUAUUAGGCACGUGAAGUUGCGUAUCACAAAUCAGACGACCUUCGCGUCUGGCUCUACGAGCUUCGUGGCGUUUAGAUGCCACGAAGCCAAUGCCACCGCCAAUGCGCAAUUAUUGUAUUGAGAUUUCAGCGGCUCGUAACACGCGCCCGCAACACGCUCGCAAGGCAACUUGACGUUCUGCGUGACCAACUUCGGGGCGUAGCAGCGCCUACACUCUGGUCACCGCGAGCGAUGGAGGCUUGAGACAAGACGAGCAUCGCGCACAUGACAGCAACAUGCCCCGCCGUGCGGCACGCGAAUCCCACUCCACCGUUUCUGCAGUCACUCCCUGCAAUCCUCAGAGCGCGCGUGCAUCCAAAGCGCUUUCUUCCCGGUGUCAGAAAAACCCUGCGUGCCUCAAGUCGUUCCGACAGUAUGACGCCUGUAAGUGCAGCCAGUGGUGUGACGUCGUGCGUACGCGGUCCUUUAAGUCUGACAGCGUAAUGAAGAAGAAAAAAAAAAGAAAAGAAAGGCGCACUGCGCAGAUGGUCGUCAUCGUUGGUGUGUUUGUGUGUGUGCAUGCCGAAGUGCGCGGAAAGUCACGUGACGGGAGCGGCGCUAACUGUCGCGGACCCGAUCACAGCUUUCCUGGCGUCGCAGACGCAAGCAACUCGAAGCGUUCGCUUUGAAGUUACGAGUAAAUCUUCUGCCCGAAGAGGCUGUAAGCAGCACGUCGAGAAGAAUUUCUGUUAUACUUGUUGAGUGUGAAUAAAAAUGAAUUACAAAAGAAGAA